AAUGUGCAAAAAAAUUAAUUUUGUUGAUUUAAAAGCUGAGGAUGAAAGUGACGAUGACGUGUUUGCAAAAUAAGACGAGAGGACAGAAUAUACAAGUCUUUGUGCCCGGUGACAAAGUAUAUUAUAAAAAUCAAACAGUAAAUAGUAAGUUUUCGUGGUGUAAAGGAACAGUGUUAAAAAGAAUUGGCAAAGUAAUAUAUUUAAUCAAAGACGAUAGUACUUCAAAAAUACAAAGAAAACAUAAAAACCAAAUUAUACUGUUUAAAAGUGACGAUUGUAAAACCAAACCAAAAGACACAGAUAUAGACAUAGAGGAGCUAACUGGUGACCCAACUUUAGAAAUACAAGACCAGAAUAGUGCUGAUAAUAUGGCUGCCGAGUCACCUCAAGGAACGCUUCCGCUUCCAUCACCAGAUCAAUCUGGGGGAGAGAAGGAAUAUGAGGAAGCAUGUUCCGGCUCGCCUAGCCCUGGUCAUUUAGAAGAAGCAGCACCGGAUCAGCAAACGGUUGAGCCACCACCCAUACGGCGGUCGAGACGCAAUCUUCCGAGCGUCAAUUACAAAGUAUUUUAUUAGCAUGUAUGUUGUAUUAAGUUAGUAUAUUAGUUAUUAAUUUGUAUGUCUGAGCUGGUGGGGAGGAGUGUUGAGUAUGUGUGCGUGUGCCUACGCACGUUAACGUUUGUUUAAAAUAAAGGGCAGUGCGUUACUAGCAA